AUGAAAGCAGUAAAGGCACAGUCAGCAGCAUCAAGGAAGAAGAACAUCUCGUCCAUCAGUAUAGGCCCCGAUAUGGAUACGCACCCAUCAGUCAGCCUCGCUUCCACAGAGGCACCCGUAAAGCCUGCUAAUGUGCGAUCAGAAAUGGCUUCUCUCUCUUCAAGUGAUACCAGAACGAGCAAAGACACUGGAGGAAGAACGAUCCACAGACUGCAGGAGGACUUUAUGGACUUUAAGAAGGAGGUUGAACAGCAGUACCAGGAAUUGCGAAAGUGGGUAUACAGUAUGUGCCAGCGCUACGAUACCGUUUUGACGCGGGACAGGAGAAGCGGGAGUGAUGCUAGCCGACAAAAUUUUCACCAGGAACACAAGAACGCACAAGAAGAAGCGGCUCGUACAAGACAAACGUCGAAAAAGGAAGAGAAGAAAAGAAAGCAAAACUUCAAGAAGCAAAGUGAACACCUCGGAGGAUUCGCAACCGGAAUGGAAUCUCAAAAGGACAGCAUUAGCUGGAGAAGCAUCACAACGACCCUUAAAGGAGACAAAACAAAACCGGAACAUCUCAGUCGCAAUCUUCUCGGUGAGGCGGGAGUAUACGAACUCCAUUCGUAUCAUUCUACACGCAAUGCGAAACGAGCAAAGCACAGCAAUGUGGGAUACAGUGGUUCUGACGGGAAACAGAGCAGCGGACAGAGGCAAACCCAGAAACGACUGAUGAACAGCACAGAGGUGGAAAACCGCUCCUACAGUCCAGAAGCACCACAGAAAGCCACAGGGGAGGCUGUUGGAUCCGGACCGCGACGACGGCCAACUUAUGCGCCACGGGAGAUUGAGAAGCAAGGAUACAAAGCACCUCGAUAG